GGGAUAUAUGCCUCAAGGGAGUUGCACAAAGGUAAUUAGGGAUCCACUUUUCAUCCUAAUUGACUCGCCUUUCCCAUGGGAUUUAAGUAAAUUAACCACACAUUAUCAUUUGGUAGUGUAACUUCUUAUUCAAGGUCUGACAUCUGGUUUGGAUAUUACAUCUGUGAGGAAUAUCCUGGUGAGUUUUGGAUUUAUUACAUUUUGUGGGAAACUACCUUGGGGCCCUAUUGGAUACUUUUAAACAUUUUCCUCCUAAAUACGGGAUAUAUCCUCGAUUUUUACUUGGAAUCGCUUGAAACUGGAAGUAAAUCCCUAUUAUGAAGGAUGUACUUUUCUUUGAAGAAUCCAUGCAGGUAACAUAUCAUUAUGUGAAGGAUCUCCUCGGGUUGUCGACAUUUUCUUCCUCAUGGCCACAUCAGACGGAUGGACUACUUUUUAUGAUUUUUUUGCAUCUGUGGAUACGGCCCACUCUGGAUUUACGUUUUGAACAACUGGAUAGAAGAACCUCCUAUUUAUUAAACAUUACAGGAAAGACAGAUGUAGUGCGUACAUCCUAGGCUAUCUCAGUCAUUAAAGUUUCAGGUUAACUUUUUAUAUUAAAUACAUUUUCUUCUCAAAUAUGGAAGCUAUACGAAGAAGACUUCGCAAGAUCACAGAGGAUCCAACCACCACUUUGUGGAGCUAUUCUUGUUGUGGAUUGAUGGCCAUGAAGACCUGUGAAGACUGCAUAGUUGGAUGUACCCUCCUGGAUGUAUGCAAAGCAUUUGGGAUGUACUGAUGUGGACCCUAGUAUGGAUAGGUGUAGAUGCCAUUCGUUUGGAUUACUCAAGUGUGGAUGUAGCUGUGUAAGACCUCUUCCUCAGCUCAGUGGGGAGAAGAGCACUCGUGUAACAGAGAGUUGAAGAUAACCUUUUCCAAGUUACUUACUAGAUGAAGCCUUCAAUUACAUAAACCUGAUAAGAUCCUAGGAUUGUGGAAUAAAGACAUGCCUAUGAGCCCAUCUGGUGUUUUCGUGCUGUGAUAUUAGUAUAUGUGAGUCUACAAGCUUGUUUGACUACUUGAUAUCAGCAGUGGAAUAUAUUUUCCCCCCUUUUUCGCAAGUAUCCUGACUUUUGGAGCAUCCUCGCACUUCAAGACAAAAUUUAUCCAGUUGGAUGUAUUUUCCAUCCGGGCAACAAGUUACUGUGUAAACGAGCUGGAUUUAGCUGAAAGUUCAUCUUAAAAAAAAUUAUUAUUACGGUCUUAUGUUCCUAUAUAUUUUUUUACCACAUGUCCAGAAAUCCAUGAAGAAGUCCAUCUCUGUGAUUGUUUUUUUCCUUUUUCCAUUCAAUGAAGAGAAUAAAGUAGCUGUGGAUUAUACGUCAUCAACCUACUGACCUGGUGCAUCACACUAUUUGAAGAUAACGUGCAGUGCGAAUCAAGAAACCCGUUUUUGUCCAAUUAGAUAAAUAGAUUUUUCCCCUUGUUUUUUUCAUUCGGGGUCUCACUCUCUGAUCCACCUAGAUUUUAUUUGGAUUAGUUUCGGUAACUUCUUUUCCAAAAGUAGCUCAGAAACCCGCGAACGUGCAUAUGAUCACAGCCCAUAUGGACACCAUGAGCGCAGUGGCACUUUCGACAGACAGCGCCACUACAACGCUGAUUAUUACAGAGAUCGUACCAUGUUUGCUGCUGCUGGCCCUGGAAGUAGUGCCAUUGGGGGAAGCUUUGAGGCAGCAGACCCACAUUUUGACUCUAGAAUUCGAGACCCAUUUACUCUUACUAAUUCUUCACGGCGUGACCUAUACAGAGAUGAGAGAGGACGGCGGGUUGAUAGGACCUACCAUCACCGGAGGAGCCGAUCAUCUCAUUCCUCACAGUCGAGGCACCCUUCUCCACAACGGACCACGGGACAAACCCCUAAAACUCCUCAUUCCCCUAAAAGAGCUCCUUUGUCCCCUGGGAGAGGUCCGCGAUCUCGAUCCCACAGCAGGUCGUCGAGCUCUGAUUCUGUCAGCAGCACCAGCAGCACUGGCAGCGGCAGUGACUCAAACAGCAGCUCAAGUGAUGGAUCUCGGGCACGCUCUGUUCAGUCGUCAGCUACUCACGCCCCUACUCAGUCUUCUAUGGGGCUCGACUCGGAUGAGCCACGCAGAAGCUUUGGGAUUAAAGUGCAAAACCUACCAGUACGCUCCACAGACACAAGUUUAAAAGAUGGACUUUUCCAUGAAUUCAAGAAACAUGGGAAAGUGACGUCAGUGCAGAUACAUGGAGCGUCAGAAGACCGCUAUGGUUUGGUGUUUUUUCGACAGCAAGAGGAUCAAGAGAAAGCCCUCACUGUCUCCAAAGGAAAGCUGUUCUUUGGCAUGCUUAUUGAAGUCAUAGCCUGGAAUGGUCCUGAAACAGAGAGUGAAAACGAGUUCAGGCCCUUGGAUGGUCGGAUAGAUGAGUUUCACCCAAAGGCCACAAGGACACUGUUUAUAGGCAACCUUGAGAAGACUACUAGUUAUCAACAACUCCUUGACAUUUUUCAACGCUUUGGAGAAAUUGUGGACAUUGACAUCAAGAAAGUAAAUGGAGUUCCCCAGUAUGCCUUUGUGCAAUACUCUGAUAUUGCCAGUGUCUGCAAGGCCAUUAAGAAGAUGGAUGGAGAGUAUCUGGGGAGCAACAGACUAAAGCUUGGGUUUGGGAAGAGUAUGCCUACAACGUGUGUCUGGCUAGAUGGUUUGGCAACCAGCGUUACAGAGCAGUACCUCACACGGCAUUUCUGCCGCUAUGGACAUGUUGUAAAGGUUGUGUUUGAUCGAUUAAAAGGGAUGGCCCUCAUCUUGUACAACAACACAGAUUUCGCUCAGGCAGCUGUAAGGGAGACCAAAGGUUGGAAGAUUGGGGGCAAUAAAAUAAAGGUGGAUUUUGCAAGUCAAGAGAGUCAGAUGGCCUUCUACCGAACUAUGCAGACAUCUGGUCAAGACAUUAGAGACUUCUACGAAAUUCCUACUGAACGACGAGAGGAACGGAGACCUCCAUACCAUGAAUUUACAGCAGAAAGGGCUUACUUUGAGAAUAUACGGACACCUGGCAUCUAUCCUGAAGAAGCUCGAAGAGACUACGCUGCUCGCAGCAGGGAACGUUUUCCUGAACUGGAACACUUUCAGGGGGAACACUUUGACCCACGUUUUCAUGAAGACCCAAGAGACUUCCGGGACUUCAGAGACCCCUUUGAGCAAGACAUUCGAAAAUACACAUAUAUUCAAAGAGAGCGAGAAAGAGAGCGAGAGCGAUUUGAGGCUGAUCGUAGCAGGUGGAGCCCUUCCCAUCCAAGGCGACCUAUUACUCCUACAGUAUCACCAUCACCCUCUGAUCGAGCUCCCAGGGACUCAGAAAGACGCGUUUACAGUCAAUCUUCAGAGAGAAGUGGUAGUGUGAGCUCAAUGUCACCACCACACUUUGAUAAAUCUGAAAAGGCCCUGCUUGAACAUGCCUCCAAGAGUGACAAGAGUGACAAAAGCAGCCAACCAGAGCUUGUGGCAAGUGCAGAGAAAAUUAAACGUACAAAACGAAAAGAGAAAGGGGACAAAGACAAAGCUGAGAAGGUUAAAUCCAGGAAAACAAAGGGGCAAUCCCCAUCCAACCUACUACCGGAAACAGAGCUUGAGACUGGUUUUGAUGGAGCGUCUGGAAGAGGAAGGGGAUCAGACCAGGAUGCUCAUGAGAGGAAUAAAUGCAAGGGGGAAGCUGAACCCUUACCUGGCAAUCAGUUGGCAACUGCUCUUGACUCUGUAAAAAGUGACAGAUCUGAAAAUAGUAAAGGUGAGAACUCAGACUUGGAUGGAAAAAAUCGACUCAAGAAACAUCUAAAGCCUGAUAUUGGAAAUGAUGGGAAAGAUGUAUCCGUUGACUCGGAUCGCCUUGAGGCAAGAAAAAGGCGCUUUGCUGAUUCAGGUGGCAGGACCAUUCGUCAGAAAAGAAGCAGGCAUGAAGAGGACGACGCCGUUCCAUCUUCAGAUUUUGGUGGUGCUGGUGCUCUUAUGAAAGAGAUUGACACUGACAAAAACAAAGAUUCACAACGGAGAGAUUCAAGACUCAAAAGUGAUAAAAGUAGCACUCAGAAAGAUGGUCAAGAGGACCUUAGAGGACAAAGGGAGAAGUCUGAGUCUCUGGACCCACGACAUCCAGGGCACAUUUCAUCUAGAAGGUUUUCACACGAGGGGAUUACAGAUCAAAGCAGUAUAAGAGAACACGAACACCAUGCUGCUUUCACAUGUGUUGCUCAGAAUGCUGACACUGAGAAAAGUGUUAAGAACAAGGAAGACCAUGUUGACAUUGACCUCUCUCAGAGUUAUCGCAAGCAAAUGGAGCAAAACAGGCGACUGCACCAGCAGCAACUGCAGCGUGAAUCUGACAAGUCUGACAAACCAGGAAGUCCUCAAGAAGCAGAGGACUUGGAACAUCGCAGUCUUGUGCAUGAAGUUGGCAAACCACCUGAGGAUGUAACGGAUACUUUUCCAUCUCACAAAUUAAAGAAAAUAGACCUUUUAGAGACUGACUCCGGAAUUAAGAGGGAGCGUGUCUACAGGAGAAUUAGACAAAAAAGUGAAGAUCGUGACUGGAACAACAUCUCUCCUCCAGGACAUCAGCACUUCUCUCACCAUGCAGAUGAAGAGUUUUCGGACCCUUCUCAGAAAGAGUUGAGUAGAAAUGAGGAAAAACUUCACCCAGAUCUGGAGCUGUUGGUCAAAAGGACACAUAGCACACAGGUAAACAAGCCAAACACUCCUUUACUUAGUGUGGAAGAAGAGCAACAGAAGAGAUGGGAGAGCAGAGUUAAACAAGACUUGUUACCUGACCUAAACUUUUCUAGAGGUCUUGGUAAAAAUAUUCACAAUCGCAAGCGUUUGGAAUAUGGUAUGUGGCAUGACCUUGAGCCUGGGGAAGUUCGAUCUGACUCUGAAGAGGACAGAGAAGCCAAACCCCACUCUCCAGUGCCCUCCACAUCAGUGCCUUUUUCUGAAAGGCCAAGGGUUGAUCGAUUUUCAGACCCCAAGCUAGCAAGUCUUGAAAGGAACAAAUUCUACUCCUUUGCACUUGAUCAAACCAUCACACCAGAUACAAAGGCUCUGCUCGAACGUGCAAAAUCUCUCUCCUCUUCAAGAGAAGAUAACUGGUCCUUUUUGGAUUAUGAUUCUCACUUUGCAGGUUUGCGCAACAGAAAGGAUACUGAGAAGGUGGAAUCAGCACCACGUCCUACACCCUCCUGGUACAUGAAAAAGAAAAAGAUUCGCAGUGGAUCUGAAGACAAACUUGAUGAGCGCAAGGAGGAGCCCAAGCCGGAAGAACAGGAACGUAGGGAGCUUUUUGCCUCCCGCUUUCUUCACAGCCCCGUGUUUGAGCUGGACACUCGGCGACUUCAACACUUGGAACGCAAACAUGAAGAACCUGAGCUUGUAAACCUGCAACCUGGACAGCAAGGUGAUGGUGAACUUGACACUGGGCCAGUUGUCCUUUUCCAUAGUCGUUUUUUGGAACUUACACGACUUCAACAACAGAAGAAUAAACCCCAUCAGUUACCAGAGGCAAAAGAAGUCUCAAUAAUCACUAGUGAGAAAGUGGAAAAAACACCUGUUCAAGAGCAACAAGCAGUGCAGUCUCCUGAAACAACAGAAUCCAUCAUGGAGCCAGAAAUCAAACCAAUCAGUCCUGCUGAAGAGGCUAUUCCUGAACCCCGACUCACACUUACUUCUGUCACCCAAUCUGUGGUCAAGGACCUUCCUCCACCGGAAGAGACAUUUGUUGCAUUAAAUCCAACCCCCGAUCCAUAUACCCCCGUGUCUGUCAUAAAGGAAGAGAUUAAAGUAGAGAUCAAAGAGAUUGAACCUAUUGUACCUAUGCACCAUCAAUUAACUGAGGGCUUAUCUGAUGCUGAACCUGCACCAGUUGCAGCACCUGCACCCAUUUAUUCGAUGGAUAAAUAUAAAGCUUCUCAAUCUGUAGAGAAAUAUGAUAAUAUCAGUGAUGUAAAACCUCUCUGUAUAGAAAAACCAAGCCGUCGGGAUUCUAAUGAUGAGCUUGUUAGCAUUUCAGAAGCAGAGCUAGAUCCUCAGACAACACAACCAGAAGUGCCAGAAGCAACUAGUCCCAUUCCACAUAGUCUUGUAGAGGAAGAGAAGGAGACCAAUGCUAUUUGGAAAACAGAAGCAGAGCCUGAGGGAGAGGAGGAAAAUCCUCAAGUUAUUAAACUGCAGAUGCCCAUUGAUGAGACAAACGACGAGCCCGUUUCACCUCAGAAGGAGUAUAAAACGAAAGAAAUGAAAAAUAAAAAGCUCAAACACUCCCCUGCUCAAGUGGCUCCAGUUCCUGUGGUAUCUAACUCUGGUCUGGAGAAACCAUUAACACGCAAGAGUGAGCGCAUUGACAAAGAGAAGCUAAAACGAGGAUCAUCCCCAAGGGCUGAAUCAAAGUCAACAGGCAAGUCUCCGAUUCAGGGAUCAGAAUCCGAGAUGUCCGAGCCUGGCAUAUCAGCAGGCAGAGCAAGACGAAGAAAUGUUAAAUCUGUGUAUGCCACUCCAGUUGAAGAUGAUGGGCCAGUUCGUCCUGGAAAGGAAAUUCCAGACUCGCCACGCUCUGCCAGAAAGCGAGGUUCAGACAAAGAUGCAACACAACAACAAAAUAUGGAACAGGAUCCACCUGCUCCAGCCCCUACGAAACGGGGCCGUCCGCCCAAGAAUCGCAAGCAAGUGGACGAGAGUUCAGCAUGUAAAGUAGAAAAAUCUAAAUUGGACAAUAAAGACACGGACUCAAAUGAAUCAGAAGGUGGGGAACGAAUACCAAGAGUGUCAAAAGGUAAAACCUCUCCUCAUGGCACCAAGGAUUCAUGGAAUCCAAUGUCGACAGUUCAAGGAUCUGGAUUACCACGGAAAGUGAGGAAAAGUGACGCGACUGAGGAUGAUCAGGAAAUGGAUUUCACAGAUGAAGAUUCCAUGGUUUUGCAAGAUUCAUCAAGUUCAUUUAAAGAAGAUCCACCCAUUCAAGUUGAAAAGAAAGAGGAGAAAGACAAACAAGGGAGAGAAUUAGGCAGAGAUAAAGAUGAUUUUCUCGAUGAGGCUUCUGAAGGUAAAUCAAAUGGGAAAGAGUCCGAUUCCCCAGUUUUAGAAGAGAAAUCUGCUUCAGAGAAGAUUGUUAGAGGAAAAACCAAGUUGACGAGAACUCCCAAGUCUCCUGUUCUCAAGAACCUCAAAAUCAGACUAAAUGUCACGGAGGUCAAGGAUCUUCUUCAGUUAGGGGAUGAUGAACUUGGGAGUCAAGAGGAUUCUUCCAAAAAGCUCAGACCAGAUGACCACAGUGAUCCUGUUUCAAAAUGUACUAGUGCCGACCAAGAGGGCCCUAACGAUGAGGAAAAGGACAUUUCCGCUGAGGAAAAACAAGAGCUCCUUGAAUCACCAAAACAUGUCAUUUCACAGGAGCUGGAAUUGGAGCAAGCUGUUGAGAACAUUGCUAAACUUACAGAUCCAACUUUUCCAACAGAACCACCAACGCCACCUAUUCCACCUCCAGAAGUCAAAAGUGAGCCAGAGGAAGAAAAACCUUAUCCUGCUAGUGAGACAGAACUUAUGGCUGCUAUUGAUUCGAUAACUGCAGAGGAUGGAAGUGUUAUCUCAUCCCAAGCGCCUCCUCCAAGUGCUGAUGUCGUUUCAGAACCUGAGAUACAAAACGUGAUACCCUCUGCCAAGGACGAUGAACCUGCAACAACAAAUACACCUGCCAUAAAGGAGGAGCCUGUCUUUCCUACAACACCGAAAAAGGGCCCGAAGGGAAGACCUAAAACACCUAAACGUUUUAAAGGACAAAAGCAAGUAAGAAGAGAUUUUAAGGAAGGCCCUUCAAUAAGUGAGGAGUUGACAACUCCUUUAGCAGAAAGCCCACCAUCCAGUGUAAAGACUGUUCUUACAUCAACUCCAUCAGCAGCGACCACAACGGUUAUCACUCCUACUACUUGGAAGCCAGAACCUGAGCCAGAGCCUUUGGCAGUCAAAGCCACAGAUGUAAACAAAGAUGGAGAGGCACCUUCUGAAGAACAGAUUCAACAUCUCAAAUCUGUUAACCCCCAAUCGAAGAGUCCAAUACUUCCAAAGCCCCAACAGGUGCCAGCCGAGUGCACCACCCCUUCCCUGUCUCCACUAGCUAACAGGCCACAUAUACGACCCAUUCAAACAAAUAGAAUUCCUGUUUCUCCACCAGAUUGGCGCCACCAGUCUAAAGAUACAGUCUCCGUCUCACCCUUCAUGCCGUUAUCAUCAAAGGAAAACCAGUCUUUACCCUCAGACUCUGACAACAUGAUUAUUGAUCAUGGCACAAGUGAUUUGAGACAGAUUCUUAUGAAACACAAAAAUCUUUCAUUGCCAGGCAGUAGUUCUAUUCCUGGUAAUCUACCCACCCUACGAGACCAGAAUCCUUCUGAUAGUAAUACUCCAUCAGCUGUUGUGCCAAAUAAGUCACCACUACCUAGCAGUUUAAUGGUAGCUCAUCCAGCGCCCCCUAUAGUUCGACCUCCAGCCUUACUACCAUCUCCUGAGUCGAAGUCUGUGAUCUCUGUUAUUGCAUCCACUGCAACCUCUGUUAUCAGUCGCGUCUGCAACCCUCCUGAGUCCGAUGACAAAGUUAACAUAAACAUUGGAAAUCCCUGUGUGGAUAUGACUUUACCCAAGCCAACUUAUAGGCCUAACAAAGACGAUGCUGGAUCAUACCACGGGCCUGUGGCGGAUGAGGUGGGAAGUGCCACACGAUUCAUUGUCGAGAGCCCCACUCUUGGUGCAGGAUCUUGCCCAGGUCUAAGAGUUAAUACAUCUGAAGGAGUGGUAGUUUUGAGCCACUCGGGCCAGAAAAUAGAGGGACCACAGAGGAUAAGUGCAAAAAUAAGUCAGAUCCCACAAGCAACAGCAGGUGACAUGGAAUCUCAGCAGUUGGUAUCCAUGCCCCAGAUAAAACAAGAAAUGUAUGGUCAUUCUCAUCUAGGACUUCAAAAGGGGCCUUCAUCGCAGACAGAUCAUGGGCAUCCUGGUAAAAUGCAGUCGACUUCUAUUAAACAAGAAAGCACGGGUUUGGAAAAGAUGGAAUCUUCUUACCAACCCGGACCUCAAGGAGUAGUGAAGCGUCUCCCACAAGGUAACCAACAAGUAAUGAGUUACCAUCAAGAAUACAUGCCAAUAAAACAUCAGAAGAAAAUGGACAGUGCUGAUCCUCACAGUACGGAUGGAGCCAAACCAUCUUGGACCUCUGCUAUAAGUCCUGCAAUAAGCCCCCAUUUGCCCUCUCCGCCUGGUAACCAUGUUGGCUUUGUUACUGCGGCUGGUGACAGAGCUCCCUCUCAUAUCAGUGGAGUCAAACAAGAACCACGAUCCCCUCGAAAGUCAGGUCAUCCCCACUCUCCGUUUACUAAAGUGUCCUCACCCAUUGGCUCCUCCUCACCCAAGGGCAUACCAGGGAUGUUAUCCACUGGCCUUCCUGCCAUGCAACAGUUUAUCUCUGGUGUACAUCAUCAAGAGCAGUCGGUUAUCAUGCAACCUCACAGUGUGCAAGGAGGCUUGGGACGGAUGUCUCCUCACCGUGUUGCCCAGUCAAUUCCAGUGGGGCAUCUUGUCCAAGGAGAUGUUCGGGUUAAUACUCCACCUCUCUCUGUGAUGAGCUAUGGGAUGCAUAGUGAGCCUCUUGCCUCUCCUUGGUCUGGAUCCAUGCAGCCACGGCCAACGUCACCACAGACUGUUGGCAGAGACAAGGUUCUCAAGGUAAAUCCAGCUUCGUUGAGGGGUCAUGAGGGGGAACAAGAAGAAGCCAGGCGCUUCCACCAGGCUCAAGCAAGACAGUCUGCUGCACAAUUAAAACCAGAGACUAUGCAGUCAGAUCCUCGUGGGCGUAGUGUCCAGUUAGAAACAUACAUGGCACAACGAGAUAUGCGAGUGCUCUUGCACCAACAGGGAGAGCGCUUGGCCACAGAUCCUCAUUCUGGACACAUUCAAGAGAUUCUUCCCCCCUCCUCGGCGCCCUCCAACCUGUCCUUAUCCUUGUCUCCAAGAGCACAUGUUUUGUCUAAAGGUGUGUCCGAGAAGGAUAUAACAAAGCAAUUAGAGGCAAAGAGGCCACACUCUCCUCUUCCUAAAGAUGGAUUGAUGGGGAUCAGACAAUCUGGGCAAGCAAUGGCAUCUCCCCAGAGAGCUCAGCUAAUGCCACCAGGACCUAGUGGCUCAUUCCCCGAGUACUCGGGGAUGUACUCAAACCGAGGAGGCAUCCACUCUCAAAUACCAGAGACGCCACCUGUUGGACUUAACCAGCCACCUCUGAAUGUCACACCAACCAUGGGUGCAGACCUCCAGACGAAACCAGAUGGCAAGAUGACGCAGCCUGUUAAUAUGUUGCAGUUGCUCACGAAAUACCCUAUUGUUUGGCAAGGCCUGCUGGCACUGAAAAACGACACAGCUGCAGUCCAGUUGCAUUUUGUCUGUGGCAACAAAGCUUUGGCUCAUCGAUCACUGCCCCUACAAGAAGGAGGCGCAUUGCUUAGGAUUGUCCAGAGAAUGAGACUAGAGGCUUCACAAUUGGAGAGUGUAGCCCGAAGAAUGACGGGGGACAGCGACUUCUGUCUCCUCCUUGCACUGCCAUGCGGGCGAGACCAAGACGACGUCCUGAACCAAACUCAAGCUCUUAAGGCUGCUUUCAUCAACUACCUGCAGGCAAAGUUGGCUGCUGGUAUCAUCAAUAUCCCUAACCCAGGCUCCAAUCAGCCUGCCUACGUGCUGCAGAUUUUCCCACCAUGUGAAUUCUCCGAGAGCCACCUGUCGCAGCUCGCCCCCGACCUUCUCAACAGGAUCUCCAGCAUCUCACCACACCUCAUGAUUGUCAUCACCUCUGUGUAACCGUCACUGCUGGGAGCCGUACCAUCAACGGAUGUUCUUGCUGAUGAGCCUCAGGAAACCAGAGGAAUAUGAGACUUUGUUUUUGCCCGGACACAAUGGGAAUGUAUAGGAUAAACCCUAUCAACGCUUUUUUUUUCGCCGUCUUUUUUCCUUUUGUCACUCCUGUCUGGUAUUUUUUUUGUCCUUCUCAAAAGAACUCAGGGAUGGACCGAACCAGAAUCAGUCUUAUUUGACCAUUUCUCUGCUGUAUUUCUAUUUAUUGGAGUUUUAUUUUAAUGUUCGGAGAUGCUCUGAAAAAGAAUCAGGAUGUUUGAUGAACAACAUUGAGUGACUAUCUGGGUGGCCUUUUUUUCUUUACUCUUGUCUUUUAUUGAUUGUCAUUAAUUUCUUCACAAGCGUGGAUCAUAGAGGCUGUUGCUCCGCGAUGGCAAUAGAGACAUUUCAAAAUGUAAUUUUAAAUAAUUGUGUACAGACUUCCUCGCCCGGCUUUCUUUGAGAGGAACAAUUGACUUAUGGAGGCCCUGUAGGACCACGUUCGUUUUACAGCUCCUUUAAUUCCACCAGCUCAUUUUUCUCACCAUCGUCGCAGUUUCACUUCUGGCGCCGGCCUUUGCAUCGAACAAGCUACCUUAUCAUUUGGGAGUUUUUGAAUACAGGACUUUGUAAAUAUUUUAAAUAUUUAAACUUUGAAAAUGGAACUUGGACAACUUAACAGAGACUUGAAACUCUGGGACAAACCAGAAUGCAAAGUGUGGAAAUGUAGAUGGAUAUCCUUGAUUUUUGGGUGUAAAUACUUGUAACACAAGAAGGUUGGCAAGCUCUCCUGUAGAGUCUGCUGAUGGCACUUCAUAUUUUGUAACUCAAAUAAAACAAACUCCAAAAAACUUGAAAAA